AUGGCCGAGAAAGUCGAGCGUCAGAUCAAGAUUUCGUCUUCGGACAACGAAAUCUUCUUGGUAAAAGAAUGCCCCGGGGUUCCCGCUCUCUUCUUGCGGCCCUCGUGCUGCCUCUUCCAGCGGAAAAAUCAAUAAACCUCGCCACACUUGCAUUACGGGUGGCUGAAAUAAAGCGUUUGUCCUUGAUUCAUUGUGAACGACAUGUGUCGGGCUGUACGCCGGGUUGCGAAAAAAUCACAAUGGCAUCGUUUCAGGUCCCGCGUAACGUCAUUCGUCUCUCGACCACCAUCAAUACGCUGCUUCAAGACCUCGGUCUUGAUGACGAUGAGGGCACCAACACUGAUCCGAUCCCAGUGCAGAACGUCACUGCUCCGAUCCUGAAGAAGGUGAUCAGCUGGUGCCAGUACCACUACAACGAUCCGGCUCCGGCCGAUGAUGCGGACAGCCGCGAGAAGAGAACCGAUGACAUCGCCAGCUGGGAUGUCGAGUUCCUCAAGGUCGAUCAGGGAACCCUGUUCGAACUGAUCUUGGUGAGGACCAUCACUAUUUCACUUCUGAUUACUAUCGAUUGAUUUUCAGGCGGCCAACUAUUUGGACAUCAAGGGACUCCUCGACGUCACCUGCAAGACCGUGGCCAACAUGAUCAAGGGAAAGUCGCCGGAAGAGAUUCGUCGCACUUUCAACAUCAAGAACGACUUCACCGCUGAGGAAGAAGAGCAAAUCCGCAAGGAGAACGCUUGGUGCGAGGAUUAA